AUAUUUUGCAUAGUAACUAUAUAAAAUUUAACUCAUUUUAUUCAUUGUUCAAAAUGAUUCUUUCUACAAUGAACUGUCUCAUUAGCAACAUGGUUAUAUCAUAGUGAAGGGAACAAACAAACAAACAAACAAACAAUCGAUUCACCAAAUGAUCUGAUUUUUUAAUUCUUAGAUUAGGAUCAUAUUGGUCAUAUAGAAUCGAUUUAUUGAAUAUUUAGAUCAAACAUUAACCUGUAAUCGAAGAUAAUAAUGAUUGAAUAUUGUAACUAUGUGGCAACACCCCACCACCCUAUUUUUUUUUCAGAAUAAAAAAAUAAAAAAAUUUUUUUUUAAAAAUCUUGAUCGGAUAAAUUUUCUUUGAUUUAUGUAUUUGUGCCUUAUAUAUAUGUGAUGUGAUAAUAUUAAUAAUAAUAUAUAUAAAAAAAAACUAUUGAUCAACAUAUGCCUAAACGGAAUAAAAAAUCAAUAACGGAUACAGAUUAUUAUAAAACUGGUUGUUGCUAUGCAUGUAAAUUAAAAUCAACACAAAAAAGAAAAACUAAUUAUAAACGUGAAAUACAUGAAAUUUCUUCUCCUCUACGUCCAGAACAAAUUUCAUACAUUCUUAGUCGUAAUAAAACAUUCGAUGAAUUAUCUAUGCCAUCUGCAUGGAUUGCACCCUUUCCACCUACCUCAUUCAAAUCGGAUGAUCCUCAAACUGAUCUAAUACAUCAACGUAUAAGUCCUAGUCUUAUACAAACAACUCCAUUGAAUAUUCAUUCAACUAUAACAACUAAUCAAUUAGAUCAUCAAUUGAAAGAUAAAUCCAAUCAAUCAUGGUUACAAAAAUCUGAAGAAUCAUAUAGAACAUCAUUAGUAUGUAGUUUAUCAGCUGAAUUAGCUAGUGUUGGUCGGCAAAGAUUUCGUUUAACAUACAUAACAGAUCGUUUAUUAGUUGUUAGCUAUCCACCUGAAGCAACUAAAACUGAUCAUAAUGAAGGUGCUCGAUGGUUAUGUAAAGCAUUUGAAAAACGUUAUGGUGAAAAUUAUAGGAUAUUUAAUCUAUCUGGUUUCACUAAAGAAUUACACUUUUCAAGUCGAACUCCUGUAAUUGAUCUAUUCUGGGCAGGUACACUUGCUCCAGCUUUAGAACAAUUAGUAACAGCAAUUGAUCAAUUGGAUUUUUGGUUACAUAAUCAUGAUAUUCCAUCAACAAAUGAUAUUAAAAAAACUAAAGAAAUCAAUGCAAUUAAUAAUCGUGUUGCUGUUCUUCAUUGUACCGGACCAAAAUGUUUAUUAGCAACAUAUUUAGCUGUUUAUAUGUGUCAAUCAAAAGCAAGAUUUGGUCCAUUAUAUGGACAAAGACCUGGUUCACCAACUGCACGUGGUUUACAAUGGAAUGAGAAUCGACUAAGAAGAUUCAAACAUGAACUUGUUUUAGGACAUACUAUUUUGAAAAAAUUCUAUGAAGACAAUUUAGCUAGAGAAUUGAAUCCUUCACAAAAAAGAUAUGUUGGAUAUUUUUCUGGUUUAUUAACUGGUGCCUUAAUCUUACAAGAUCGUUUAGUUUAUUUACAUGCCAUAGUAUAUCGUGAUUCAUCAAGAGGUCGUUAUCUUGGUCAACCACUUGAUGCCAUCAUUGAAAAUAAUGAAAAUUCUUUAUAUGCACAACCAGAUGAGAUAUUAACCAAUAAACUCCAAUAUAAUCAUCAUAAUGAUACGGAUGAUGAUCACCGAAAGAGGACUGAUGAAACACUGAUACCAUUCAAUCAAAAUCAUUUAUUCAUUGAUAAUGGAGAUGAUGAUGAUGAUAUGGAUCAUAUCAGAAGAUGGGAUCAAAUAUUUUCCACAUCAAAUAAUAUAACGGAUUCAAUGAAUUUAUUGAAAUCAACAAUAAUCAGACAGCAACAAGAACAACAACAGCAUCCCCACCACCGCCGCCAACCACCACCACUACCACCACCACAACAACAACAACAACAAGAUCGAAUUGGUCAAUCCACAUUAAGUGAAUUAUCAUCAUUUAAACAUAUUCAAACAUUUGUUGAUAGUGAAUGUGGUCUUUUUUUAAAAAUUUAUCAAAAUUUAAAUUUAAUGCAUACAACAAGAGUUCUAUGCCCAAAUGUAAAUUUUCGAGUGGAACGAUAUAUUUUUCCAAUUGAACCAGUAUUACCAUUACAUGGUGAUGUUUUAAUCGCUUGCUACAUACAACCAAACUUUUCAACACAACUUCAAGAAUGUUUAUUUCGAGCUCAAUUUCAUACAUGUGCCGUGGAUGCUGAAAAAUUAUCAUUUUUCAAAGUUGAUUUAGACGAGGCAUGUGAGAAAACAAUUUUCCCAUCAACUGGUUGUGUUGAAUUAUAUUUCACAUCACAUCGUGAACUUAUUACAGAGCAUACGGAUAAUAUUGAACGUGGUUGUUAUAUAUGGACAACAGCUGAACGUGAAUCUAAUAUCUUAUCCACAAGAAAUCGUGAUAAAUUUCAACAUCGUAUUCAUGAUGAUGACGAUGACGAUGAUGAUGACGAACUCCUUGGUGUUACCCAUAAUGGAACAACAAAUACCAUUUUACCUAAAUUACAUACACCAUCUAGACAAGCAUUACGUAUAUUGAUUACAACACAAGAACAAUUAAUUAGUGUAGCUGGUGGAUUAUUUACACAAAGUAUUAGUGAUUCACAAGCUCCAAUGUGGUCGGUUAAUCAUAAUCAAAAAAUACCUGAUUCAUCCAAACCUAAUCGAUUGAACUUAAUGCGACAAACAUCUGAUCCAUUAAGUCAUCCAGUAAUACGUGGACGUAGUCCACAAAGUUCCAGUCAAUGGAUAAAUGUACAAGAUGCUUCAUAUACAACAAAUCAAAUACCUUUAUAUCAACAAGCAUUGCUAAGUCCACGAGUAAAAGUUCCACAAAAUAACAAUUAUACAACAAACAUGUACACUGAUACACCACAAUAUCAACAACAAUCACAACAACAAACUCAACUUACUCCUAAUCAAUCAUCAAGUGGGCAAAUCUCCAUGAAUCGAUCAAAUUUGGUACAAUUACAAAAUUUAUAUCAACAAUUACUUCAACAGCAUCAGCAACUUUUACAACAACAACAACGUCAACAACUUCAUCCCCAGCAACAACAACAACAGACUUUGGAUUAUGCAGCUGGUCAACCCAUAGACAGUAGUCUUUAUGCAACUGUUCAACGUCCAUCAGCUAAUAUUCCUAAUUCAUUGGUUGCAAGUUUACAACGUAUAAUUUUACAACAACAACAGCAGCAACAGCAACAACAACAACAAUUACAGAUACCUCAGACACAACCAUCAAUCAUUCCUAGUGUGACUAUGUAUCCACAGGCUGCUCCAGCUAUGCAACCCUUAACAACACUUAGUCUUUCUGGUCUAUCUACAUCAUCUGCUUUCAAUAAUCUUGCACGAGCUUUACUUCCUACGUCGAUUGCUUAUAACACUGGAGAAUCACUGACUGCACCACCAUCAUUAACUGGUGCUCCACCUCCAACAUUAUUUCAUAAUCCUAAUUUAAUGCCAAAUUCCAAUUUACUUCUUUCAAAUUUAAGACCGUCAAUGUUUCCCCAGCAACAACAACCGUUGUUACAGAAUUUUCAGAUUCCAUCUGCUAUGGAACCAUCUUAUCUUUCGUCACAAAAUAGAUUAGUUGGUCCAUCAAAUCUCGGCAUAAUUGGUGAUAUUGGACAAACUGAUCUAUUGAGUGAUCCAUCUUGGCAAGCUGAACAAAGACGAAGAAUUGAUUUACAAAGAACACGUUCUUUAUUGAAUGAACAAGAACGAAAAUUAUUUGAAGAAUUAAAAAAUAUUCGUAAUCGACGAGCUGGUCUUUCAAAAUUAGAACAAUUUGGACGUCCUACUACUGGUGUUAGUGGUAGUGCUAUUGGUACUUCUGGAUUAACACCUUUAGAAAGUUAUCGUCGAGUUACUAAACGUAUAUCAACCAGUGAAGAUGCACGUCUUAGAGGUCGUAAUAGACCUUUAUAUGCAAUUGGUCGAUCUGGAUCAGCCGAUACAGCGAGAGUACCACUUGGCAGUGGUGGUCAUUAUCCUUACGGUGAUGCUUACGGAUCGGAUCUUGAUGAAGAUUCAGCUUUAUUAGCUAUUUUAGAACAAAGAUUAUCUAGAAAACCGGAAAAUCGAAGAAUCUAUUCUGAUUCUGAAAUGGGAUUACAAGAUGCAAGUGAUAUUCCAUUACGUAUUGUUGGACAACAACAACGUACUGGUCAUGUAGUUGAUGGAUCUAGUCAAGCUUUCACUGGUCCCACUAUACCAGUUUUACCGAUACAUUUGCCAUUUCCAUACAUGGAUCUCGAAUCCAAGGCAACUCUUCCUCCGACUCCACCUCCACGUUGUCAUAUUCCUGAAUAUGAUUAUUCUUUACAAUCAACAUUCUAUCCAUAUCAUCAUGCUUUACAUAAAUAUGAACAUGAUAAUUCAUAUCGAGAUUUUAGUCCAUUAUCUGAUAUUAUUAUACCAUAUGGAGAACAUAAUGAAGAGUCGGAAUUAUUCCCAAGACGGCCAAGAAUACAAGUUGUACAUUCUCCUGUUGAAGCAUCCAAUCAAAUAACAAGUGGACCGGCUAGAGGCAGAGCAUUUUCUGGAUCUCCGACAAUGUAUCAAACUCAAGGACCAUAUACAAAAUCAAGAUUAUCUUAUAUGUCUCCCGCUAAAAGAUCACACUUCUGGGGACAUUCAAGUUAUGAUGAGCAAUGGUCGAGACAACCAGUCGCUGAUGGACCAACAAUUGAUCGAUCUUCAUGUACUAGUCCAGUACAAACACAUUCUGGUCGUUUACUUCGAUCACCAGUUAGUCCACCAUUUAAAGGAUAUAUUCGACGUCCAUCAGAAGGGAUUGAUGGUGGUAGUCAAUCGGAUACAGCGAUUAUGGCUGGUUUUGGUAGUCGUGUCUGCUAUCCUAGUACUUCAUAUUCUGCACAUGAUCAACCUCCUAGACGACCAUAUAGAACAAUGCGUGGUAAAACUUCUGAAACUACGAAAAGAAAUCGACCUACACAAGUUCCAAUAUAUCGCAGUCCAGAAGAUCAUAAACCACCAAGACAAAAACAACCAACUACAAGCGGUUUAGAGCAAAUACCGGAUAAUGCUUUAGUUGUAUUAAGCAAAAUAUCAGCAUCUACUCAUAUAUGGUAUCGUCCUGAAAUGUCACGUAAUGAUGCUAUGGACUUAAUCAGAUCAGAAGCUCCUGGAACAUUUGUAGUUCGUAAUAGUGGAAGUUUUCCACAUUCAUUUGGAUUAGUAGUUAAAGUCCCCAGACAUCAUACUCAUGGUGAAGAAUCCGAUUCUAUACGACAUUAUUUAAUUGAAGGUUUACAAUCUAUAACAUCAUCUACUACAUAUCAUCCAAUUGGUAUAUCUGGUACAUUAUUACCAUCAUCUAAUAUUCCAAUGGAUUCAUCAGCUUUAAGUGUUAUCCAUGAACCGGUUCGAUUACGUGGAUCAUCAAAUGAACCAAUAUUUACUAAUUUAGUUAGUUUAAUAUAUGAACAUACUAUACAAUCAUUAGCAUUACCAUGUCUAUUAAAAUUACCAUUUAAAUUAUCUACUUCAAUGAAUAGUCUUCCUUCAUUAAUUGUAUUAACAAGAAAUUCAUAUUCAGAUCAUAUAUCACCAACAUCAAUCAUACCAAAAUAUACUUCACAAGUUGGAUCUUAUCAUACUGGCUCUGAAAGUCCUCAUGACUUUCAUAGAACUGAUAGAUCCCAAGGAGUUUCAGUACGACAUCCAACAGAAUCUGUACCUACUGACUUAGGAUCUUAUGAAAUGGAAUCAUCAUAUAAUGCAAUACAACAACACCAACAGUCAGGAACACAUCCUUCACAACCGAGUAUACAUCAUUCAACUAGACAAGACAGUUUUCUUGAACCAUUUAGCGGUUCCAAGUCUAGAUCGAAUAGAUCUCCUCCUGCUGUUUAUGAAGGUGAACUAGGACCAAUAGGUCCUCCAGAUUCAGGAAGAACAUUUACAUCGAUUUAUUUAGGAAGUAUUGACACCGAGAAUCUUACAGGUUCAUCAGCAAUUCGUAAAGCAGUUGAUGUACUUUUAGAAAAUGCAGCUCAGGUUAGACAAACAGAAGUAACAAUUCGUGUAUCACAAGAUGGUUUAACAGUAACAGAUAAUUGGAGAAAAUUAUUUUUUCGACGAAAUUAUCCAUUUCAUUCUGUAUCAUUUUGUUCUAUUGAUCCUUGUCAAAGAUGUUGGGAAUCACCUGAACUCAGAUCAAUGGGUUUCAAAUCCUCAUUAAUAUUUGGUUUUGUUGCUAGAAAACAAAAUACAAGAGAGAAUAUGUGUCAUGUAUUAUGUGAUACACCAGAAUGUAAUGCAAAUCUAAUUACAGAUUAUAUAAUGCAUCGAUUAAAUGAAUAUUAAACUUUAUCAUUUUAUCUAAUCUGUUUAUUAUUAUGUAAUCAAAUCAAUAUUUCCUUACUUGACUAUUCAUACAUUUCUAUGGUACCCUUAAUGUAUGGGCAUGGAAACAAAAAAAAGGGGGGGCUGUUUACACCAAUUUACUUUCUCUUCUUUACAAUAAAAACAAAGAAGCAUUCCUAUCAGCAACAAUAAACCAAGAAACCAAGAAAAAAUACAAAAAAUAUAUCAUCAUGAAUAAAAAAAAUUUUUUUCUAUUGUAAUAAAUCGAUUAUUCUUUCUUUUUUUUUACUUUUUUUCUUUUUCUGUUUUUUUUCUGUUUUUAUUUCUCUCUCUCUCUCUCCCUCUGAAGAGUGAAAAAGAAAACUGAAAAAAAAAUCAUUCUUGUUUAUACAUGCAAAAUUUUUUUUUGCUUUUUUUGAGUCUUCCAUUUAAGAAUAUUUUUUAAAAAAAUGAUAAAGGAUUAACCACACGCACACACACACACACACUCAAUCACAUACGCACACUCACUAUUCACACAUGCACACACACACACACACAGAGACAAUUAAAAACGUAGAUCAUAUAUGAAUGUAAUAUGAUAUAAGAAAAGGUAAUGUACUACUGAUCAUAUACUACUUUAUUAAGGGAACCAAUAUUACUAUAAUUAUUAUUAAUAAUAUUAUUAUUACUGUUCAUACAUGAUCUCUUCAUAUAUAUUUGUAUUUAUUAUUAUUGAUUGAUUGAUCGAUUGAUUGGUCGAUCGAUAGAUCGAUUGAUUGAUCGAUCGAUUGAUUUGUUACCAUGUGAGGUAUCUUUCAAAAUAUGAUAAACCAAAUUUGGAUUGAUAUAUUUUAAUAAUUCUAUUAUAAUGACUCAUUUUAUAUCUUAGUUGCCCCCCCCUUAAUAGGUUCUUUAUUAUUAUUAUUAUUAUUAUU